GACUUACUUCAUAUCAUGUGGAUUCACCAUGGAUGAGGCCCUUCUCUCCAGAACAGCAGCUGGUGAGGAGUCAAGCAGACCAUCUCCCAGGAGAGAGUUUACCUCUAGCCUUCUUGACCUAGGUUCACCUUGGCGACAAUCGACAGCCCGUAUUAUCACCACCGAUGCUGUUAUCCCUAUCAUCACAACACCCAAUUCUUCCUUUGCUAACCUCAUUUCAAACUUAAACAGGAAGAGAAAUCUCACCCACCGCUCACACUCUGCUCCUUCUGUGUUUACUGACGUCAAGGAGGCUUUUCCCACUUCUGCAGACCCGAGACCUUCCCGAAAAUCAAUGCCUCUAAUCGUCCGGCAAGCUUACAUCUGGGUCAUUUUGUAUGGAAUAGUUGGAAUUCUAAUAUUCUGCCUGAAAAGUGGAAGUUUCAAGGGCCAUCUCACAGUAAAACCAGUGGACGCCUUGUACUUUUCUGUUGUCACUCUCUGCACAAUUGGUUAUGGAGAUAUUGUUCCAGACUCAACAUUUACCAAGAUGUUCACUUGUGUUUUCAUCUUAGUUGGCUUUGGUUUCAUCGAUAUUUUGCUCAAUGGUCUGGUCACCUAUGUUCUUGACAGGCAAGAGGCAGUUAUGAUGAGCACUGUAGAUCUUAACCAAUUCAAUACAAUGGUGCGGACAUAUAUGAUAGACACAGAAAAGGGAAGAAUGAGGAUAAGAAUCAAAGUGGGUUUGGCAUUGGUUGUUGUGGUUGUUUGCAUUGCUGUGGGGACAAUUGGAAUACAUCUUUUGGAGGGUCUGACUUGGGUUGAUAGCAUUUACCUAUCGGUAACAUCAGUGACAACCGUAGGAUAUGGGGAUUAUGCUUUUGAAACAUUGCCGGGCAGGUGCUUUGCAAUAAUUUGGCUAUUGGUAAGCACAUUGGCUGUCGCUAGGGCAUUUCUCUACCUCACUGAGCUGAGAAUUGACAAGAGGAAUCGAAGGAUUGCGAAAUGGGUUCUUCAGAAGAAGCUGACUCUUGGAGAUUUAGUGGCUGCAGACCUUGAUAAUGAUGGAUCGAUCAGCAAAUCUGAGUUUGUUAUAUACAAACUAAAGGAGAUGGGAAAGAUAUCAGAGAAAGACAUCCUGCUGAUUAGCAAACAGUUUGAGUCACUAGACCACACCAAUUGUGGCAAAAUCACUAUUGCUGAUCUCAUGGAUAGUGAUUAAUUCAACCACUGGUUUCCAAUUGGAAAAAGGAAAGUGUAAUAUUAUCUAGAUCUCACUUUGGCAACAGCCUCAACUUGGAGCUCUACACUUUGUACAAAAUUGAAAGGCAUAAGAGGGCUGGACCAUACAACAUAUAUCAUAGAAAAACUAGAUGGCAUCAUACCCAUGGUUCUGGUUCCAUCCGGAAGAGAACUGAUUGGGUGAUUAUGAUAAUCAAUGUUAUUCUUUUGCAAAUACCUACAAGUAAAAGGGAUCCCCAGCUAUUCAAUUUUUACAUUAUUUUAUCAUUUUCAAAUUUGCAACAGGUCCAUCCAUCUAGUAACCAAGAUUGUAUAUUAUAAGCUAGUAAGAGUUCCUAUGUGUAGAUUGCUCUGCUUUUGGAAGGAGCAGUUGUAUUAUUUCAAAAGAUUCAUUUCUUGUCCUCAAUUUUAAUAAAAGUUCAAGCACUUUGCACUCCUA